UCUGUUACCUACUUAAAAAGUGCCAUUUAGUGACGCAGUUUCGACAUUUUUACAGCGAACAGGACUUUAAUGCGUCAGUUGAAUUUCUCCACAGAGUACGAGGUUUGUUCUCCGGCCACCAGGUGGUGCUGCGAGCCCGUCCCUCCUCCGCCGGCGAGCUACACCUCCUCCGUGCGCGUGAGUGAGUGACUGAGGCGCCAGGAGAGGAUCCGCCGUUCACUUCAGUCUAAUCCUGAAGCACUCGGCUCCUCGAUCGUCCGCCAUGGUGACCGCAGAGAGCCGUCUCCCUGGAUCUGUUCCCGUCUAAAACUCCACCGCUCCCCGGACUACUUCUUGCGCUGGAUGCGAGCGCACCUUCCAGCGGAGGAAUCUCGGAUCGAACGCGUUGCUGGAGCGGUGAACGUGUGAACUCAUCAUGGUGGAGCCGGACCCGGAGCUGAAGGUGUCCGGAGCCGGUCAACGCCUGGGAGCUCCGGAGACUCUGGGCAUCAGCACGCUGGACCCUGGCCACAGACCGCCGGCCAUGCCCUCCGGGCGCCACAUCACCAUCAGGGUCCGCAUGUUGGACGACACCGAGGAGCUCUUCGACAUCUCGCAAAAAGCCACGGGGAAGAUGCUGCUGGACCUGGUGUGUUCACACUUGAACCUCAUCGAGGGGGAUUACUUCGGCCUGGAGUUCCAGAAUCACCAGAAAAUGAUGGUCUGGUUGGACCAUAUCAAGCCUAUUGUGAAGCAGCUACGACGACCCAAGAACACAACCCUGAGGUUUGCUGUGAAGUUCUUUCCUCCUGAUCACGCUCAGCUACUGGAGGAGCUAACCAGGUACCUGUUUGCACUCCAGGUCAAACAAGACCUCUCCAUAGGUCGCCUCAUAUGCAACGACAGCAGUGCGGCGCUGAUGGUCUCACACAUUAUGCAAUCCGAGAUCGGGGACUUUGAAGGGAGUCACUGCCGGUCACACCUCCUCAACAACAACUACAUCCCUGAGCAAAUGCCACUGAUCGACAAGAUCAUGGAGUUUCACUCCAAACACAUAGGCCAGACACCAGCAGAGUCGGACUAUCACUUACUGGAAGUGGCUCGGAGGCUGGAGAUGUACGGAAUCCGGCUACAUCCCGCAAAGGACCGAGAAGGAUCCAGGCUGAGCCUGGCUGUGGCGCACACAGGGGUGCUGGUCUUUCAGGGACACACGCGGAUAAACGCCUUCAACUGGUCGAAGGUUCGGAAGCUGAGCUUCAAGAGGAAACGCUUCCUCAUCAAGCUGAGGCCAGAUUUGAACAGCUCCUACCAAGACACGCUCGAGUUCCUGAUGGCCAGCAGAGACUGCUGUAAAGUCUUCUGGAAGAUCUGCGUGGAAUAUCACGCCUUCUUCCGCCUUUUCGAGGAACCCAAACCCAAACCCAAGCCGGUCCUCUUCACACGCGGCUCCUCUUUCAGAUUCAGCGGGCGCACACAGAAACAGGUCAUCGAUUACGUGAAGGAGUCCGAGUUUAAAAAGAUCCCCUUCGAUAGGAAACACAGUCGAGUGCAACACAGCGGUCGGAUACAGCAGAACAUCCGACUGUCGCCUUUGGCGUCACCGCGUCACCAGGAAGUCAUGACGAAGAGUGGACCUCCUGGGAGCAGAGUAGACUCUCCCUCUCGGCACCACUGGACCGAGUCGGUGCUGGUGAGCUCGGAGGACCAGAACGCGUCGCGGAGGCUGAGUCCCGCCCACCUGAGAAAUGGCCACGAGGACAGAGCGGUGCCCAUGACUGAAGACUCCAGUGGUUCCACGCGGCCGGAGCAUCUCACCACAGCGGUGGUGUCCAGCAGUCCCUACUCGGCUCCGCCUCACGCGCUGGUGAACGGGCAGAAGUCGCUGGACGUCGGCCCCCACAGUCCCAACGGUCAGCAGCCUUCGCCCCUCACCAGCCCGCUCCUGAACGACGCCUGCAGCGUGCGCACUGACGACGAAGAUGAUGUCAGGAGGAAGAGGUUCCCCACAGACCGUGCCUACUUCAUCGCCAAGGAGCUGCUGACCACAGAGCGGACGUACGUGAAGGACUUGGAGGUGGUGACGGUGUCCUUCCAGAGUGCCGUCGGGCAGGACGAAGCCACGCCGGACUCUCUGAGGAACACUCUGGUCUCCACAUUUGAGCCCCUCCACACCUUCCACACAGGGUUCCUCAGGGAAGUGGAGCAAAGACUGGCGCUGUGGGAGGGACGCUCCAACGCUCACAUCAAAGGAGACUACCAGCGCAUCGGAGACGUGAUGCUGAAGAACCUGCAGGCUCUGAAACCGCUGACCACCAACCUGCACAGGCAGUCUGAAGUCCUGGUGGAGCUGGAGAAGGCCUGCCGAGCGUCCCGCAAGCUGGAGACCCUCUUCAAGGACUUUGAGCUGCAGAAAGUCUGCUACAUCCCCUUCAACGUCUUCAUCCUGCGGCCGCUGCACCGGCUGAUUCACUACAAGCAGAUCCUGGAACGGCUGUGCAAGCACUACGCGGCCACGCACGUGGACUUCAGGGACUGCCGAGCCGCGCUGGCGGACGUGUCCGAGCUGGUGGAGCAGCUCCAGGGGAGCAUGGUCAAGAUGGAAAACUUCCAAAAACUGCUGGAACUCAAGAAGGAUUUGAUCGGGGUGGACAACCUUGUCGUUCCUCAGCGGGAGUUCAUCAGGUUCGGCUGCCUCAGCAAACUCUCCGGGAAGGGUCUCCAGCAACGCAUGUUUUUCUUGUUCAACGACGUGAUUCUCUACACGAGUCGAGGGAUGACGCCGACCAAUCAGUUUAAAGUGCACGGCCAGCUGCUGCUCCACGGCAUGACAAUCAGAGAGAGCGAGGAUGAGUGGGGGGUCCCUCAUGCCUUCACCAUGGUGGCGAAGCAGCAGUCGGUGGUGGUGGCAGCCAGCUCAUCAACAGAGAUGCAGAAGUGGAUGCAGGACCUCACGACGGCCAUUGAGAAGAGCAAGACCAGCAACGGACCCCUGUGCGACCUGCUGAGCAGCACUCUGACUGACCACAGGUUCACCGACGAGUCUUCGGCCGAGGCGGAGUCGGAGGACGACGCGGUGGCGGCGUUGCCCACCUCCCUGGAGAGGCCCUCUCGCGGCAACACCAUGGUGCACGUGUGCUGGCACAGGAACACCAGCGUGUCCAUGCUGGACUUUAGCUUGGCCGUAGAGAACCAGCUGUCUGGAAACCUGCUGAGGAAGUUCAAGAACAGCAACGGCUGGCAGAAGCUGUGGGUGGUCUUCACCAACUUCAGCCUCUUCUUCUACAAGUCCCACCAGGAUGACUACCCCCUGGCCAGCCUCCCUCUGCUGGGCUACUCGGUCACCGUCCCGUCAGAGUCGGAGAACAUCCACAAGGACUACGUCUUCAAGCUUCACUUCAAGUCUCACGUCUACUAUUUCCGCUCGGAGAGCGAGUACACCUUCGACAGGUGGAUGGAGGUCAUCCGUAGCGCCACGGUCCCGGCCAGCCGCAACCGCACCCUCAACAACAACAACAACGGCCACUGAGCCUGGCGCCCGGCCACCGACUGCUUUCUUGUUGGCAUUUUUACCUUUUUUAAAGAUGUCAUUUUAUACUCUUUUCUAACGGGCCGAGCCACUUUCUAGCUUUGGUUGAGACCAGUGUUGGUCAGUGCCAAACUGCAUCUCUCUUCGUCCAUCUGACUCACGUGCGACACCUUUAAAACUCAUGGCUUGAUUCACAGCGUUUUGUAUUUAUUACGACGAGCCGGUCACUGCCAUCGCCAUGGAAGACUCGCUGAAGUGAAGCCGGUCCAAGGAGAAGAGAGGGAGGCGCUCGUGUGUUAUGAAAGAGCUUUAAAGACGAGCGGCAUAAAGACACUCACAGUUCCAGCUGCUUUUCUGAUGAGUGGAGGUGGAGACUGCUCUGCUGCGAAUGGCGACUGAAAGCUCUGUGGAAGUGAGAGCAAUAAAAAGAUGCCAACUUUGCGUCUCUGUUAAG